AGCGGCACAGGUAACCACAUAUCAUUAGGUAUAAGCUUCAGUCUACACAGAUACUUUGAUAUUUAAAUAACAGUAAAAUGUCACGAUAGUCUAUCAGUAUGAAAUAUACCAUUACAUUGACAUACCAUUAUUGAUUGGCGUAGUUACAAACGCAGUACAUAACAUAUCGAUCCCAGUUGCAAACUAGUAUCCCCUGACUAAAUGUUUACUCACCCGUGACUCGGUUCAUCAUUAAAAAUGCACAGUUUUCUUUUCAAUUAAAGGAAACAUUUCCAUUGUUCCGCUUUACGCUCGAUAGACGUGUUUGUCAGUAUUGUGGGUCACGUGCUUGCUAGUUACUGGAUGGACUCGGAUGUUGACACACAUUUUACUGAUGGAAGUUCAUUGUAAGUCGAAGCCCCCAGUAUCCUCUGAUGUGGAGGUAACCGAUAUCUGAGACAGGAAAGAUUGACGAUGGGAAUACACAAACCCGUGACGAUAGUAGCUGUCAUUGGCUCAUUGGUCUAUGGUUUACUGAAUGUAUACAACAGCCAUUAUUUCUACGACCGAAAUACCAUCAUGCCAUGCCCAAGUGUUCUAAAUGCACAACGUUAUGGAAUUUGGCAAACACGGCCUUUAACAGAAAAGGAAGAUAAUGAAAUCGAAACCUUUCUGCAUGAAUCUCUCUUCACUGGAAAACUAUUCCCACCCUAUGAAGGCACGAAAAAAGCUUGUGGAAAUAUAUCUUACCUCAAAAAAGGUGCAUCAAGUAAAUCUGCGAUUUAUCAUCGUGUGUUGUGCAAUCCAAGGGGAGAUAACCCAUGUUGCUAUAACAACCGGUGUUUGAAGAAGCAAGUUGGGCAAUGUGUGUGUUCCGAAUGCAUUGACCUUCGAACUGAAGUACAUGCUGAGUAUUCGAAGUGGGUCCCUAAUGAUGACAGAUGUCAGAUUGAAAACUUCACAUCACAGUCAGCUUGUGAACUGUUAAAGGGAGGGACCUACCACUUCUACGGUGACUCUCUGGUUAGGAUGAUGUUUGUGGCAUUUAUCAUCAUACUCCAGGGAGACAAUCAACAUGGUGGACUCCAUCCUGACAUCCCCAAAGAUAAAGUGGAAAAGUGCUCCGGAAUGUACGUAUUUCCACCCAAAUGCAGACCGUACCUUGACUACAGCCCGACUCUAUGUAAUGGAACAGUGAAGGCAAUGUUUAAGAUGUAUACUGGGGGGAAAAGCGAUUCCAAUGAUGGUCGAGGACGUCACACAGAUCCUGGACAGACGUCGAUCUAUGAUUCUGUAUGGCUGUGGUAUGUGGUCAAAGUUCGACACAAAAGGCUCGGAGAGAUAUGCACUGUCUGUUAUCCACGCUGUCCACAAAGGCACUGACCGGCAAUGGCCAAAGUUGGUGUGGUCAGGUAUUCACCAUUACGGUCUUUGGCGACGUCAUUAUUUUAAAAACAUGACUAAUGAACACGUGAAAUCCUUCAACAGACAUAUGGAGGCAGUUGUAGGGAAAUACAAUGUGCCAAUGUUUGAUACCUUCAACAUGACUCGAGGGGUGCGGAGCGUGGACUCAUCUCAUUUCGGCCCAGGAGUAAACUUCCUCAAAGCUCAGAUCUACCUUAACUAUAUUAAAGAGCUACAAACUAAAGGCAACUGGGACUAACAGUUUGAUCAUACCAUAUAUGGUAUUUCCUACGUCUGGGAGUCACGUGACGAUUUGAAACCGAAGAUGGAGUUUACAGCGUUGAUGCAUUAUUUCUCAUCUAUACACCCGAUUUGUCUAUCUCUUGUGAUGAAGUGUUUACCAUCAAGCAUUUUCUGCUCGACUGUGUGGACUUUUUAAAUAAUGAAGCAACAAAUCUGAACGAUCUGGUUUUCCCCUUGAGCGGGCAUCUCCUUGUGAACGACUUGAGGGCUGUUGACCUGCAACUAUGUUCUGUAGGAUGGAUUGGUUAUUUUUUGGGUAAAAUUUGGUUGUAUGUCAUUUUCCUUCUGUGGAUUUUAGUGUAAUGAAGAAGCAUGUAUACCAUCCAAAAAAAAGAAACGCAUAGGCCAUAAAUCUGUUGCGAAAAUAUUGCAUUUUCAAACAUGUGUAACUACUCGUCCACAAACAGGCUUUAGUACAUGAUUUUUUACAUCAGUUUAGAAGAAGGAAAUGUCUAUACAACCAAGUGGAUAAUUUUAGAUAACG